GCUACGUUUCUCCGUCGGGAUUUCCUUUUUUUUUUUUCGUCGAGUCGAGAGCGCCUACUGCAGAGGGGGGAGUCGCGCAGACGGCGAGAGAGAGAGAGAGAGGGAAGGAAACGGAAAAAAGGGGAAGGGACGCCCGCCAGAGAAAAGGAAAUAAAAGUUUAUUAACGAUAAUUUAAAAAAAUAAUAAAAAAAAUAACGCCAAUAAAGAAAAAUGCCUUCAAAUAAAGACGAUGGCGGAUGGAAGAAGUUUCUGUGGGAUUCCGAGAAGGGAGAGCUGCUCGGACGCACCGGGGGAAGUUGGUUUAAAAUUCUCCUUUUCUACGUGAUCUUCUACGGCUGCCUGGCUGGAAUUUUCAUCGGCACCAUCCAAGCCAUGCUGCUCACAUUGAGCAACUACAAACCCACCUGGCAGGACAGAGUUGCCCCCCCUGGCCUUUCACACACCCCACGCUCAGACAAAUCUGAAGUGGCCUUUAACUUGAACGACGUGGCAACGUACCUGCCUUACGUCAAGGCCUUGAAGGAUUUCCUGGCCAUUUACGAUGACGAUCUUCAGGUGGACCAGAUGAGGUAUGAGGACUGUGGAGAGGAGCCUGCUGAUUACAAGAACAGGGGUGACCUGGAGAGCGACGUAGGCAUCAGGAAGGCCUGCCGCUUCUCCAGGCGCCUGCUGGGACCCUGCUCUGGAAUUCAAGACCGUGAGUUUGGCUUUAAGGAAGGGAAGCCCUGCAUUAUUGUUAAGCUCAACAGGAUUGUCUACUUUUGGCCAAGGCCCCCUACCUCCAAUCAGAGCAUCCCAGAGGAGGCGCAAUACAAAGUGCAGUCCAACAUCAUUCCCAUCCACUGCACCAACAAGAGAGAGGAGGAUGCUGGCAAGAUUGGUGAAAUCAAGUACUACGGUAUCGGCGGCGGCUUCCCUCUGCAGUAUUACCCCUAUUACGGCAAGCUGCUGCACCCCCAGUACCUGCAGCCCCUGGUGGCUCUCCACUUCACCAACCUCACCAUGAACACGGAGUUGCGUAUCGAGUGCAAGGUCUUUGGAGACAACAUUGACUACAGCGACAAGGACCGCUACCAAGGACGCUUUGACAUCAAGCUCACUGUCACCAGUUUAUGACCGCCAUCGGGACCAUAGCACUUUCUCUGACCACAACCUCCCCCCCCUUAUCCCCCAAACAAUCCCUUCUUGUCCCCCUUUUAACCCUUAACACAGUUUCAAGAAAUAACGGGGGAGGGGGAAGAAAAAAAAACCUAAUCCAGGAAACGUGUAAUGACCGGGGGACGUAGAUGAUAGCGGUUAAGUUAAAUCACAACUAGUCUUGAAUAAAUUCAUAAAAGAAGAAAAGAAAACUCAUACCAUACGGGACCGAUAUUUAAAUCUGUCUGCUUACAAACACUAGCUUCUCUGCUUCUGUCUAGCAUUAGAAUGUAAUUUACAGAAAGAGUAGCAAUAGCGCAAUAGAGAUAUUUAUUCUACUGUAAAUGAAAAUAUUCCACGAGCCAUGGGACAUUGUUCAUUUAUGACUGUAAAUUAUAAUUCCAUCACUUACGUGUAGCAAGCAGUGUUUUUUGUCCCCUCCGUAUAUUGCUGCCUUGUGUGGUUUCGAUAUCUAUUUUUGGAGUGUACAGUGCAGUAGUCGCAAAUACUUUGGUCCUUUCCAAGCCAUGUCGUAACCCGUUUUCUUAUGUGAGCAAGCUUCAGCAGUCCAAGAUGUGUAUAUACGUAUAAAUAUAAAUGUAUACUUAAUGAUUGAAAAAUGUUUUGACACGGUACGCUCUGAUCUCUAAUGAUCUGUGUGAGAAAAAGGCUGCACUCCAGGGAUUUUUUUUUCCUUCUUUUUGUGUCUUUUAUGUCUGAUCAUGGGAGAAUAUUUUUACUUCAUUUUGUUUUUGUUUUUUUUUGUCCUUUUUUCUUUUAAAAUCACUUUAAAGUGGGCUAGGGGAUUUUAUUACACCAUGUUUCAUGCUUUUAUCUAUGAUUUUUUUUCCUUGUUUUUUUUGUUGUUUUUUUUCUGUUUUUUUUUUUUUGAAUGUAGCGUUGUGUGUCCAGCUUGUUAGACACUCAAGCCCCUCUUUAUGGGCAACGGUGCUAACUCCGCUUUUUAAAUAAGAUGAUUGUCGUUAUUUCGCUGGAUACAUCACGGCAAUGUGGUGUGACUUUCUGAUGAAUGUUUUUAGCCAUUUAACAUGGUGGAAGAAUUUUAUAUUUAUGCAGUUGUACAUUUUUUUUCUUUGCAGAAAAGUGUAAUGUAUAAAUACAAAUACCAAAGUCACUGGGCUGAGUCGAGGGGAAUCUUUGUCAGAAGCAAUGCAGUACUACUCCGUGUUUUUAGGAUCUCUCGUCUGUUAAAUGCUAAAGUCAAUGUCUAACAUCAGUCAAGUUUUCAAGAGUUUAUCCACUCAUGUCAUUUAUUUAAUCAGUAAGAAACAAACUGAAAUAAAAUGAAGAAAACAACAAAGCUGUCUCACUUCUUUUUAAAAUAUAUAUACAUAUAUUUCGGCCAGAACUGCAGCGAGAAGCAUCACAGGAUAAACGAGAGCUGAAAGAUCCAUAUCCGAAAUCUGACAUCCCCCAUUUUGGAAAUGGUUUCCUGAUGUUUAUGAAUCAACGUUUGAAAAAAAAAUGCAAAAAUGUUUUUCUUUUAAGUCAAGGGCUUCAGAUAGGAAAUGACCUCAGUAAUGAUAAGCUGUCUUGUUGAUGUUAAAUGCUCGAGUCGAUGUCGAACAUCAGUCAACUUGCCAUGAAUUCAUCCAUCCUUGCCAUUUAAUCACAGUAGAAACAAAUAAAUAAAAUGAUAUCAACUGA